AAUGGCAGAAGAAAGUGUAUUUCGGGAUGUGCUGGAAAUCCUGAGGAACGCCUCAAGUGAAAUUGAGCGGGCCUAUAAGGACUCCUGUGAAUUGGUAGAUCUAAACACCUGCCUGCUGCUCAUAGCAGAGUGUUUCAGAUGUCUGAGGAAUGCCUGUGUGGAGUGUGCCAAGAAUCAACAUGUCAUGAGGAACUUAGGCCUCAUCUCCACAUCGGUGCAUUUAAUCAAGUUGCUUGAUGGAAUGAAAACCAAAGAAGAAUUGUUAUUGACCGCUCUUCGUUGUAGUCUCCAGUUUCUUGGAAACAUUGCAGCAGGAAAUGGAGAUUCCCAGAAUAGCAUUUGGAAGUGUGCUUUCCCAGAUCUCUUCUUGACAUGCCUAAUGUACAGUGAUGAGAAAAUAGUUGCCUAUUGUUGUAUGGUCCUGUUCACCUGCCUUGAUUCAGAGAAAGUGAGAGAACUUCUGGAUCCUGGGAACUUGUCUGUGCCUCUUCGUGUCCUGAAAGUCUACAAAGAGGAGUUGGAGUCUGAGUGGUCAGUUACUUUGUUAGAGCUGAUGAUGGCAAAAUUAAGUGAGAAGAACCAGAUUACCAGUGAAGAAAUGAAUGUGUUCAUGAAACAUGCUGACUUCCUUGCAGGCUGUUUCCAAGAGAAAUGUGAAGCUGUGCUCAAGUUAACUUCUGCAGCGGAUGCAGAAGAUGAGGAAGCAUUGGUUACAAUUCGUCUUCUUGACGUUCUUUGUGAAAUGACCUCAAACAACGGACAGCUAGAAGGUCUACAGGCUUUGCCUGGUUUGCUUGAAACAGCCAUAGAUACUCUGAGAUUAACUCAUCUUGCUGGGAAACAGGCUGUAAAUAUUUUCACUGCCACACAUAUGACAGGGCAAGAAGAAAUUUCGCAUCCAGCUGUGGGUUUUAAAUCUCAUCUCAUUCGUUUGAUUGGAAAUUUGUGUUACAAAAAUAAGAAAAACCAAGACAAGGUUUAUGAGUUAGAUGGCAUCCCCUUGAUCCUGGACAACUGCAGCAUUGAUGACAACAACCCUUGUAUCCUUUUCAAAAGAAUUCUAAUUAUUGAAUAUGACUCACAAGAAGAGGUGUGGGGUUUUAAUAUAUUUAUGCCAGCAUUGCUUUCACUUGGCACCUAAGUCUAACUGGCCUCAUGAGUUUCUAGGUUCUAUUUAAGUGCUUGGUUCAAAAGUGAGCAAACUCAUAAAUAUGCUUUCAUGAACUGGAUUCAAAGUAAGUUUGAACUGUGGUUAUAUUCUGUUUCCUAAAAUA